GACUGUGUUUCAAUCGAUAUUAAUAUCUGGAACUGAAAAUAUAUAUGUACAAACAACGAAUAAGAACAUAGUGUUCUGGCAUCCUUUAUUGUUGGUUAAAUUCUCAGCUUUAAAUGGAGAGACAGUGAAAAGCCUCUGUGUGCAUUACAGAUCGAAUGUAACUCCAAGCAGCCAAUCAUCGUCCUACUCCACACGUAGCCUGUCCGUCUGUAAGAAUGAGCUCCUCCCCCCUUGUGUCCCGGGCCUCCAUCGACAUCCUGGAGGAGCUGCAGCUGAUCGCAGCCCAGAACCUGGAGAAACUCGAGGUCAACAAGUACUAUGAGGUCAUCCGCGAGCUGGGCAAGGGGACCUAUGGGAAGGUGGACCUGGUUAUCCAUAAAAUUAGAGGCACAAAGAUGGCCUUGAAGUUCCUCAGAAAGAAAACCACGAAGCUGAAGAGUUUUCUGAGGGAGUACAGUAUCUCGCUCUACCUCUCACCUUGCCCUUUCAUCAUCAACAUGUUUGGAAUCGCGUUUGAGACAGACGAUUACUACGUCUUUGCCCAAGAGUAUGCCCUUGCUGGAGAUCUCUUUGACAUCAUUCCUCCACAGGUGGGCCUUCCCGAGACUGUGGCCAAACGCUGCGUCCACCAGGUAGCCAUAGCGCUGGACUACCUGCACUGUAAGAAGCUGGUCCACCGCGACAUCAAGCCGGAGAACAUACUCAUCUUCGACAAGGAGUGCCGGAAGGUGAAGCUGUCGGACUUCGGCAUGACGCGGCGGGCAGGCUCCCCGGUGAAGCGCGUGAGCGGCACCAUCCCCUACACGGCCCCGGAGCUGUGCGACGCCUCCAAGCACGAGGGCUUCUGCGUGGACUACAGCACGGACGUCUGGGCGUUCGGCGUGCUGCUCUUCUGCAUGCUGACGGGAAACUUCCCCUGGGAGAAGGCCCUGCCCUCGGACACCUUCUACGAGGAGUUUGUGCGGUGGCAGCGCCGGCGGACGGGCGCCGUGCCCUCCCAGUGGCGGCGCUUCACGGACGAGGCCCUGCGCAUGUUCCGGAAGCUUCUGUCCAUCGAGCAGGAGCGCCGCUGCACCGUGAAGGAGGUGUUCGGCUACUUCAGCCACUGCUGGAUGCUGGACACCGACAACGGGAACGGCCGCCCCGCCGAGCUCUGCUCGUCCUCGUCCGAGGAGGACCUGCUGGUGGAGCGCAUGAAGCAGCAGACGCUGUCGCCCGGCUGCGGGGGGGGCAAGGGGGGCGUCCUCAUGGAGCCGCCCGCCCGCCACUUCUCCUCCGUCUCCACCAACAGCUCCGUCUCGUCCACCAACAGCUACGAGCGCGUGCCCCGCGACAACGCGGCCAGCAGCCGCAUACUGGUGGCCACGCCCAUCGAGAUCUGCGUGUAG